GCUUAUGUCCCACAGAGAAGGGCACAGCAUACAAUUCCCCAUUGAGACCCGUCUGAAGCACACAUUGCACUUUCUGGGUGCUGCAUCCUAACCAUGUCAGACACUGAAGACGCCACAUAUGAAGGACAACAAGACAAGGAUAUUGUUGAAGAGGAGGAGGAGGUGGAAGAGGUAGCAGAGGAGGAGGAGGUAGAAGCAGAUGCUGCAGAGGAAAAUGAAGGAGAGGAUGCUAAACCCAGGUCAAAACCUGGUUUUGUGCCCGGCUUGGCCGCUCCCAAAAUCCCAGAGGGAGAAAUAGUGGACUUUGAUGACAUUCAUCGAAAACGAAUGGAAAAGGAUCUGACGGAGCUCCACACUCUGAUUGAAGCUCACUUUGAGAAGCGUAAGAAGGAGGAAGAAGAGCUUCUUAGCCUCACUGAUCGCAUCGAGAAACGCAGGUCAGAGAGAGCAGAGCAGAUGAAGAUCAGGGCAGAAAGAGAAAGAGAACGGCAAAUCAAAGUAGCUGAAGAGAAAGCGAGAAAAGAAGAUGAAGAGGCAAAGAAGAAAGCAGACGAUGAUGCCAGGAAGAAGAUGAUUCUGUCCAACUUGAGUUUCACUGGAUACAAGCAGACACAGACUGGGCCGAAAAGACAAACGGAAAGAGAAAAGAAAAAGAAGAUCCUCAAUGAUCGACGCAAAGAGUUAAAUGUUGAUCAAAUGAAAGAGGACAAACUCAGGGAAAAAGCUAAGGAACUGUGGGACUGGAUGCGGCAGCUGGAGGCAGAGAAAUUUGAACUCCAGUAUUUACACACUAAGCAGAAGUAUGAGGUCACCGUGCUGAGAAACCGGGUCAGUGAUCAUCAAAAAGUGUAAGUCUUUUGUGUUGGAUGCUCAUAUCACGGUGCACAUGUGCCCUCUAACACAACUAUUGCUUUGGUAAAUGAAAAAAAAAUGUUGUCCCAAGUACAGCAUCAUAUAACUUCUGCAUAUAUCACCUCUUUUCAUAACUUCAUAAUCUGAUAUCUAAUAUCUGUGGUAUGUAAAAAAAAAAAAAAAAA